AUGGCGGACACACUAAAGAUGGUGGAGGAGAAGGGCAUAAGGAGCGAGGGUCUCCAGCUGGUGCUAGUGACAGAUGGACAGGAGACGAUGCACCCUCUGGUCUCCACAGUGCUACCCAAGAUCAAGAGCAAGAGAAUCACCAUUAAUACUAUAUCGCUGGGUGGGGAUGCUACCGACUCUCUGGAACUCUGGGCACAAGAGACAGGCGGUCAGUCUUUCUGCUACAACAUUGGGUCCUUUCAGUCUGACCUGUCCUCCCUCCUCUAUUCUGCCAUCACCACACCUGAGACGCGGCCACAUCUCAAGCACCAGCCCGGCAGGUGGAGGUACACGCUGACCAAUCACCAAGCGCUCAGCAGGGAGAAGGUGCAGGUGCUGGUGACCUCACGCCCCGCCCCGCGCACCCCCACCCCCCGGGUGGAGCACGGGGUGACGGCGACCAGCGUGAAGUUCCCUGACCCCGUGGUGGUGUGGGCGCGGGUCACACAGGGGAGGUCAGCCGUUCUGAAAGCCAACGUCACUGCCUUAGUCUCCCUGCCGAGUGGCGAAGGGUCUGUUAGCCUACCCCUGCUGGACAACGGCAUGGGGGCAGACCACCAGGCAGGGGACGGGGUGUACGCCGCCUACUUCACGCAGUUUGCUGGUGAUGGGCGGUACGGGCUGAGCGUUUACGUGUCAGCCACCAACACCACUUCGCGGACCCAUGGUCAGCUUCCCCCCACUGACCUCAAGCCCCGCACCAAGGUCAAGCCACCCCGGCCCUCCCCGCCAGAGAAGGUCACGAAGAUCGAACAAUUUGCAAGGUUCAGCUCCGGUGGUGUGUUCAAGGUCACGAACUACAAACCGGGUGACCUGCAGGCGCCGGGACGCGUCUCUGACCUCGCCGUGACCCGAGUUGACCUCCUGAAAGUGAGCGUGACCUUGGAAUGGACCAGCCUGGGAGAUGACCACUACACCGGCACUGCCUCACACUUAGAAUUGACCUACCAGAUGACCCGGCCUGACCUCCCCUCGCCCCGACACAAGUUCAACGCUACCCACCUUACUGCCGGUCUCCUCACCCCGCUCCCCGCCGGCCUGCUGCAUACCGUGACGCUCAAGGUGAUGGGGGUGAUGGGAACAUGGUGA